UCUUGACUGGCUCCUUUUGGUUUCCAUGGCACCCACUCUUCAUUGACUUCACUGUAAUGAGUCCGCCCAAUUCCCCUAGAACGUUGAUGGUGGAGGAAAGCUUCCGAUUGCGCUCUCCGUGGUGCUGAAAACAAUCUAGAGGACAUUGUAUUGACACGGCGCUGUUGAUGGUGCUGAAAUCUCUAAGGGCAAGGGGGGAACAUUGAAGAGGACGUACAGUAGAGAAGAGUCACCCAUUUGCGCUACGUGUGAUCCUCCCACAUUGACUUUAAUUUACUCUUUCCAGCCCUGGAGGAAGUAGCUGAUGUAUUGCAAACAAAUAAUGAAAUGCUAGUGCUGCCUUUGUGCCAGAGCAUGUAGCACAGUUAUCAGGGAUUCACCCAAACUGGUGUGAGGUGAGCACUGGUAAGGAUUCUAUGCAUAUGGGAUUUAUUGUCUUUGACGAUCUCUACCUCUAUAUACACAACCACAGCAAAAUAAUCCACACCAGUAGAGGAUUAUACUUACAUUAGACUUUCAAUCAAAGCUCCUUCAAAAUACCAAUGGUUUUGCUUGUCGUUUUGCUAAUGGAUUCUUCAUCUUUAAGAGGACCUUUUAGUUCAGUCUCACAACUUCUGUUCUUUUAAGAAACCCAUGGGCUUCAGGUAGACACUCAAUCUUUUCCUUUUCCCCCCUUCCUGGCUCUGUUUCUUUCCGCCUCACCCACAGAUAUACAUGUACAGUGUCUCUCUCCUCUGUCACACACACACACUUUCUCUUACACACAUUCAGACACACACCCGCACGAAGACUUUGACUCGUCCUUUUAUCUGGAUGUGCAACAUUCUUUUAUGGAAAAAAGUUUAAUAUGGAACCAAUAUGAUCCAUCUUCGAGGCUUGUAAGGGCAUCCUUGUUAACCUGGUGAAAGACAGUUGAAAUCUUUACAGGAAUGGAGUCUGUAAAACAAAGGAUUCUGACUCCUGGGAAGGAGAAACUGAAAAAUCUUGCUGGGAAAUCACUCGGUCAGAUCUAUAGAGUCCUUGAGAAAAAGCAGAAGCCCGAGGACAACAUCGAGUUGACGGAAGAUGGGAAGCCCCUGGACGUGCCCGCGAAAAAACCGCCUUUGUGCGACUGCACCUGCUUCGGGUUACCUCGGCGAUAUAUCAUCGCCAUCAUGAGCGGACUGGGUUUCUGCAUUUCCUUUGGAAUCCGCUGUAACCUUGGAGUAGCUAUUGUGGACAUGGUCAACAACAGCACCAUCCACCGAGGAGGGAAAAUCAUCAAAGAGAAAGCGAAGUUCAACUGGGACCCAGAAACAGUUGGCAUGAUCCACGGCUCUUUUUUCUGGGGAUAUAUAGUCACGCAGAUCCCCGGGGGCUAUAUUUCAUCUAGGCUGGCAGCUAACAGUUUACAGGGUGUAACUUAUCCAGCUUGCCAUGGAAUAUGGAGCAAGUGGGCUCCUCCUUUAGAGAGAAGUAGACUAGUAACCACAUCUUUCUGUGGAUCCUAUGCAGGUGCAGUCAUUGCAAUGCCAUUGGCUGGGAUUUUAGUGCAAUAUACAGGAUGGUCUUCUGUGUUCUACGUGUAUGGAAGUUUUGGUAUUGUCUGGUAUAUGUUUUGGUUUUUGGUGUCAUAUGAGAGCCCUGCAACGCAUCCUACAAUUACAGAUGAGGAGCGCAGAUACAUAGAAGAAAGUAUUGGAGAGAGUGCUAAUCUUCUAGGAGCAAUGGAAGUAAGGAUUUUACUACUGUGUUUUGGAAUGGAAGCAACUCUUCUCUUAGUAGUUGGAUAUUCCCAUAGUAAAGGUGUGGCCAUUUCCUUCCUUGUUCUUGCUGUGGGGUUCAGUGGUUUUGCUAUAUCUGGAUUCAAUGUCAAUCAUUUAGAUAUUGCUCCGAGAUAUGCCAGUAUCUUGAUGGGGAUUUCAAAUGGAGUUGGAACAUUGUCUGGGAUGGUAUGUCCGAUAAUUGUUGGAGCAAUGACAAAAAACAAAACACGCGAAGAAUGGCAGUAUGUCUUUCUUAUUGCUGCUUUGGUCCAUUAUUGUGGAGUCGUAUUCUACGGAAUAUUUGCUUCAGGAGAAAAGCAACCAUGGGCAGACCCUGAACAGACCAGUGAAGAAAAAUGUGGCUUCAUUCACGAAGAUGAACUUGAUGAAGAAACAGGGGACAUUACUCAGAAUUAUGUAAAUUAUGGUACCACUAAAUCUUACGGUGCUACGACCCAGAUUAAUGGUGGCUGGCCAGAUGGCUGGGAGAAGAGAGAAGAAUUUGUACAAGAAGAAGCACAAGACUCAUAUCGUUACAAGGAAGGAGAGGAUUAUUCAUAACAGGCCUAUGUUGGGUAUAUUUUGUAGUGUUUGUGAUUUAUUCAUUGUGAUUGUUUACGCUCGCGUGCACCACACCCACGGACACAAAUGUGACAUAAACAUGUAAACACAUAUCAGACAUGAAGGUCUUACUAUAAAAACCAAGAAAUACUACCAUUCAAGUGCAAUCUGUAUGAGUUUGUGACAUUUCAUCACUUCCAUUUGGGUGUCUCCAUUCUAUAGAGUUUUAAGGGUUAUCUGGUCAAAACAGCACAGGAAACUAGUUAUUUGCAGUAUAAAAUGAGUGGAAAACUCAAAACUAAGGAAAAGCACAACUACCAUCCAAGUUGGGACAUCAAAUGUUCAGUUUAGAAAGCCAAAACUUCUUGAUCAUUUUAAAAAUGCACUUACAUAUUGUAUUGAAAGAGAAUAAAACAUUGAUUGUGUGGAGGUUUACUUGGUACAAUGUAAGAAAUGUAUGUUUGGUCAAAAUCAAGGAUUUCUUAUUGAGUAAGACGUUUAUUUUAGCCCCAGUUCAAGUCCCUUAAAGAGAGUAAAAUUGGGACUUUACAGAGCAAUCUAAAAUAUAAUAUUUGUUUAUUGUGAUUAUAUACUGUCAGGCUAUUUUAUUUUUGUUAAUUGGUUGCUUUUAUUGAGCAUUUAGGCACAAACUUUUCAUUUUUGUUAUUUGCAGGCCAUUACAUCAGAUGUUUGUGUCAGGGUCUUCCUGAUAGCUGUCACCCAGUUAAAAAAAUAUUAUAUUUAGUCUGACCUUCCAUGUAGAAUAAAUAAGCAAGAUGAAAGAGUUUUUCUUAUAGUUAUUGUUUGUAUAAAUUACUGGCCAUAAGUCUUAUGUUCACCCAGAGAAAUCCAAAGACACAUAGCCCUAGAACAAACAAGUAUUUAUUUGAAAGGCUCUUAAAGUAAAUGCAAGAAAGGGAAAAGAAAAUAAUUAUUUCUUUAUUUCUGGAUAGUUUUUCAUAUUUUCAGAGGUUGUGCCACAAUUCUAUAAAUAAAGUCAUAGUUUAUUGAAGAUGCUGUAUAAUUAUAGAAAAUAGUGCUAUUUUAAAGAUUUCUGAAUUUUAAAAUAAGAUGUAUUUGUCUUGCAAACCAAUAGAACUAUAAUGGACCACAGAGUAGGAGCAGCCAUUUCCAUAGUGAGCCCAAAGUGGCAAACCACGGGGGCUCAGCUGAAGAAGAGGGUAACUUUUACAGUGCAAUUCUAAUAUCUCAAAAUCCAUGGGAGGUUGGGCAUUGGCUUCAGUGGGGUAUGGAUUGCAGUUUUGUGUCUUGUCCAGAAAACCAGAGACCAUGGAAGAUCUCUAGGAGGCCCACCAAGCUUUUGCAUGUGCAGGCUUGCAUUUGCUACAGUUGAGGAGCAAGUCAGAAUAUGUGCAUUUGUUAUGUGCGUGUGGACCUGCCAUUCCCAUUGAAGUGACUAGGGAAGCCCGAGAAAAUGAGCUCCAUUGGAUGAGGAGCUCCCAAUCAAGGCCUUGUAAUUCUUAGAAAGUUCUUCAAUCAGAAUUGUAAUGUUAGUGUACCAAGCAAUAAGUGCCAUGUACUGUUAAGUGCAUGAUCUUUUAAUCUUUGUUACUGUCACUACUGAGCUUGUAGUAGAUCCUUGAGACAGUUUGGGUUAAUACAUUUUACAAAAGCAAAACAGGCAAGACUAAUCAACAAUAAAAUUUCAUUCUGCUACUAGACCACUUAAAUGCUCUAAAAAGGUAUCCAUUUCCAGCUCCAAUGAAAUGAUUAGUGUUGUAUUUUAAAAAGCCAUUUCAGGUUUUUUGAUCUGCUCCUUGUAUUGUGCUAGUAUUUUAAGGCCCUGCUACUGCAAUAUACAACUCAAGGAUCUCCUCCUCCUUUGUCCCCCUUCCCACCCUCCCCCUCCUUUUCUUCUUGUACUAAACUUACCCCUACUUUUAUCUGGAGGGAAAAAAAAGUCAAUUAUAUAUUUUGCUUUGUGCCUCAAAGUGAUGUAAAAUGUGGCCAUAGCUUUUGCUGUGAAAAGAUGUGGAC